AUGGAGGACGAAGUCGCUGCCCUCGUUAUCGACAAUGGUUCCGGCAUGUGCAAGGCCGGUUUCGCCGGUGAUGACGCUCCCCGUGCCGUCUUCCCCUCGGUUGUCGGCCGUCCCCGCCACCAGGGUGUCAUGGUCGGAAUGGGCCAGAAGGACUCGUACGUCGGCGACGAGGCCCAGUCGAAGCGUGGUAUCCUCACCCUGAGGUACCCCAUCGAGCACGGUAUCGUCACCAACUGGGACGACAUGGAGAAGAUCUGGCACCACACCUUCUACAACGAGCUGCGUGUUGCCCCCGAGGAGCACCCCGUGCUGCUCACCGAGGCCCCGCUCAACCCCAAGGCCAACCGUGAGAAGAUGACGCAGAUCUGCUUCGAGACCUUCAACUCGCCCGCCUUCUACGUUGCCAUCCAGGCCGUCCUGUCGCUCUACGCCUCCGGUCGUACUACGGGUAUCGUCCUCGACUCGGGCGACGGCGUCACCCACACUGUCCCCAUCUACGAGGGCUACUCGCUGCCCCACGCCAUCCGCCGUCUCGACCUCGCCGGUCGCGACCUGACCGAGUACCUCUCGCGCAUCUUGAUGGAGCGCGGCUACCCCUUCACCACCACCGCCGAGCGCGAAAUCGUCCGCGACAUCAAGGAGAAGCUCUGCUACGUCGCCCUCGACUUUGAGCAGGAGAUGCUCACCGCCACCCAGUCGUCGGCCCUCGAGAAGUCGUACGAGCUGCCCGACGGCCAGGUCAUCACCGUCGGCAACGAGCGAUUCCGCACGCCCGAGGUCCUCUUCCAGCCCUCGUUCCUCGGCCUCGAGGCCAACGGUGUCCACGAGGCCACCUUCGAGUCGAUCCAGAAGUGCGACAUCGACAUCAGGAAGGACCUCUACGGCAACAUUGUCAUGUCGGGUGGUACCACGAUGUACGCCGGCAUCUCGGACCGCAUGCAGAAGGAGAUCACGGCGCUCGCCCCCUCGUCGAUGAAGGUCAAGAUCGUCGCUCCCCCGGAGAGGAAGUACUCGGUCUGGAUCGGUGGAUCGAUCCUGGCCUCGCUCUCGACCUUCCAGCAGAUGUGGAUCUCGAAGCAGGAGUACGACGAGCAGGGCCCCCAGAUCGUCCACAGGAAGUGCUUCUAA